AUGUCCGAAAGGCUCAGCCCCUAUCUACAGCAAAAAAUCCCAGAAGAUUACUACUGUGUGAAACACCUGGAACCACCACAGCUGUUCUGUGAUGAUGACCAAAUCACACUUUGUGUCAAGUGUUUCCUGUCCCAAGAACACAAGAAUCACGUGGUGUAUAGAGUAGAAGAUGCUGCUGUGAAUUACAAGAAGCUAUUCCAGGAAAUAUUGAACACAUUGACGGAGAAACUUGAAGUAGCUAAAAAGAUAUUGGCUGAUGAGCAAGAAAGAAUGGUGAUGAUUCAGGGAGAGGAGCAGAAUUUUAAAGAGAUGAUUGCAUCUGAAUAUAGGAUAAGAUUCCGGUUGUUGAAUGAAGAGAAUGAGAUGAACCUCUUGAGACCACAAGGAUACAUAUUCAACCUGGAUGUAAGAGAAGCUCGUCUGAAUCAACUGAUAGGGUUUUCCAGAGAGCUAGAGGACAAAUUCCAAGAGACGCUACAGAGACUAAACAAUUUGGGAACGGAAAACAUGAAUAAACUGAAGGAGAAUGAAGUCAGGGUCUCUGAACAAAUCUGCUGCCUCCAAAGGAUCACCACAGAGCUAGAGAAGAAGUGUGGGCAAUCUGCCUUAGCACUGCUCCAGAAUGCAAGAUAUUCUUUGGAAAGGAGUGAAGCACUACUGCUUCAGUGUCUAGAGCCUACCAAUAUCACAGACCUAAGUUUUUGCCAAAUAACAGGAAUGAGCGAAAUGCUAAGAAUAUUCCAAAGACAUGUAACUUUGGAUCCUGAAACAGCUCAUCCCUUUCUAAUUUUAUCUGAGGACCUGAGAAGUGUGAGAUUUGGAAAUGUCCCCCAGGAUGUACCCGACAACCCAAAGAGAUUUGACUUCAGUGCCAUUGUGUUGGGUGUGGAGAGCUUCACCUCAGGGAGGCAUUACUGGGAGGUGGAUGUAGAAAAGACGACCAAGUGGCAGUUGGGCAUUUGUAAGGACUCUGCCAGCCAACAGGGAGACAGACCCAAUGCUUUUGGAGAUAAAUUCUUACUCACAGGAUCUGUUAUUGGGAGUGAUUUUACCUUCUGGGUCUUUCCUCCUUUAAAAAGGGUUUCCCUGAGAGAGCAGUUGCACAAAGUUGGAGUUUUCCUAGACUAUGAAUAUGGGCAAAUAUCAUUCUACAAUGUGACAGAGAGAUCUCUCAUUUACAAUUUCUCUUAUCCUGCCUUCAAAGGAGCUCUCAGGCCUAUAUUUUCUCUUUGUAUCACAAAUGAAAGCGUGAAUUCAGACUGCCUCACCAUCUGUAGCCCUCAUGCUCCUUCUUGUGGUGUUACUGUCAGCUCUCAAACUUCCUUGGUGUGA